AUGCCUAGGGCUACGCAACAUCAAGAGGGCCAUGGAGAAGGAGCAAUGAAUGUCCAAAUCGGCAACAUAAUCAUUACAUCUGAUCCCGCCUCGGCGCAGCCCCGCGCCAGUCAAGAUGCUCAGACUGAGCCACAGAGAGACCUCUUGGAGAUAAUGUCUGGACUCGUUCCAUUUCUGCCUGUAGAAAUCGCGGAGCUUGUUGCUGAAGCUCAAGCUGGUCGAGUAGAAGAGAUCGUUCGUGCGGUCGAGCAACAGCGAGCAAUGUUGCAGAGCUUUGCUCCAACUGUGGCCAUUCGAGCCGAAAACCUUCGUGGGGUCGAAUCGCAGCGAGAGAUUCGAGAAAUGAUGGAGGUCUCUGCCCUGACCGAAGCUAUUGAAGCGGAGGAACUCGCUCGAGAGACAAUGGAGGCCUCUGCUCUAGCCGAAGCUAUAGAAGCGGAAGAACUCGCUCGAGAGAUGGAGUUGCAACGCGCAACUUCGAAUCGUCGUACGGACCUUCGAAAUCGGUCCCGCAAUCAGGCUGAUGAGUCCCCCAUCUCUAAUCUCCAGUGGUGGCUUGCGGGUGGAAGAGGACCGUCGCCCACACGGAAUCAGAUGCGGCGGAUGACGGUGGGGUCCUGGAGAUGA